GUCGGGGGCGUGGUCUCCGGAGUUUUCCUCGCACGUGCGAGUGUAUAAAAGCGUUUUGAACCGGCGCUCUCCUUUUCACAUGGCCAUAGAGUCGGCCGCAGUGCGUUAGCGUCGUUUUCUGGAAUGCGACCAUGCUGCCGGACGCCUACGGUUGUGUCGUGGUGAACAGGUUCGGGGAGCUCGUGGACGACGAGGCUGACCCGUUCGACGCGAUCAACGAGGCGGAACUCGAGAAGGAGGAGAAGAAGAAGAAGAGGGAGGAUUCCAAGAGGGCCAAGCAGAAGAAGCCCGGCCAGAAAGAAUCCCAGAAAGACCGACGCCUCCCCUCCGCGGCCGACGGUGCGGGUGAUGAUUUUGCAGGCUGCAAGCAACAAGCGCAUGAAAACAAAGUUGCACUGGAGGUUCAGAGGGGCAUGAGACGGGCUGUCUAUGGGGAGCGUAGGGCCAACCAAGACCACUACCCACAGGAGUUGUCGAUUCCCAAGCCCUCCCAUGAUGCAGAUUUUGAGCCCAGAGGCAGAGGGGGGUUCAGAGCUGGGAGAGGAGGAAGAGGUGGUAGAGGAGGCUACACCAGGAACUCGGAGAACUUCAAUCCUGGGGGCAAGAGAGAGUUUGACCGGCACAGUGGAACAGGCAUGUCACUCGAGGAGAAGAGAGGGGGCAGAGGACCCUGGAACUGGGGAUCUGUUCAAGACACUAUGGGUGAUUUGAUGGAGGUGACGCCAGAGUCUACUGUCAGACCUGAAGAGCCCCAAGAACCAGUGGAGGGAGAGGACCCGCCUUCAGAGGUGGAUGGUGAAAUGGUGGUCCAGGUUGCCAUGGAGAUGACGCUAGAUGAGUGGAAAGCCCUGCAGCAGAUGAGUCGGCCUAAGGCAGAGUUUAACCUCCGUAAGGCCGAUGGCAAGGUCCCCUCCAAAGCCAAAGUCAUCCACCAGUCAAAGAACGUGGAGAACAAGGGGAGCAUGGAGGAAGAAAGCCAUGUCCUGCGCAGAUCUAUGAAUGACAUUACUUCUCGUCUGGACAUUAACUUUGGGAGCCUGGGACGCCCCAGCCGAGGAGGUCGAGGUAGAGGACGACGUGGUGGUCUCGCAGGUCGCCCAGAGGUGGCUAAGCCCAAACCUGAAGAGGCCGAUGCUCUGGCUCCCAACCCAGAUGACCCAGAGGACUUUCCAGCUCUCACAGCCUGAGAUAAAUUUCGCCUUGGCCUUCAGGAAUUCAAUUCUCUUGACCUUGCCAGCUGGGUGAAAAUGGGUUGCACUUGUAUUUAAUCACUGUUUUUUGGAAUUGCUGUUGUUCACAAGAGUUGGUGGGUUUUAUCAUCUCCUUGGCUGUUCUCAGAUGAUAUGCUUAAAGCACCAUUAAUUGUCCAAAAAAAAACUGACAAUAAAACAUUUGCACAUUAUACAAUUCCUGGGUCCACUUUCUCGAACAAGACGUGGAUGACUUAAUUGAAUUGCCUGAUAGCUCGAACCACACAUCACGAAGUCAUUCUGAAUGUUACGUUAUACCAAACAUUUGAUGGCUGUCA